UAUAGACCAGGAAGUAAAUUACCUGACAGGUAGAUAACACAGGUGGGUGAAUCAUGUGACCAAAGUACAAAAAACUGUCAGCCAUUACUGUCUUACAUCAGAGUCACAAAUUUGAUCAUGGACCCCCGUACCAGUGCCCAGGACGUGAUGCGAUGUGACCUGUGUGAAACCGCUGUGGUAGAGAUGCACUGUGAUACAUGUCUUGUCAACCUGUGUAAGGCCUGUGUGGGAGAACACAUCUCAACAGAUGAAUCCAAGGACCACAAAGUUGUCAAAUUUCAGGCCAGGAAAUCUACCCCCCUCUACCCUGGAUGUAAAUCUCAUUCCAAAGACCAAAGUACAAUGUACUGCAACCAAUGUGACAUUCCUGUCUGCCCUAAGUGCAUUGCAUCUGAUCAACAUCUAGGUCAUAAAUUAUCAGAAAUCUUACAAGUUGUGGAUGAAAGAAAGAAUAAAAUUGUCAAUGAACAAAAUGAACUAAAUAAUAUGAUUUAUCCAACCUACCAGGACAUUGCCUCUGAUAUACAAAACAGAAUGAGUCAGUUAGAAAAGGAAUAUGGAGAUCUCUCAACAGCCAUAACAAAACAUGGAGAGGACUGGCACAGAGAAAUUGACAAACUUGUCCAGAAACUGAAAGCUGAAGUUGAUGAGAUGAAAAACACACAGUUACAAACUCUACAGAAACAUCUGGAUGAAAUAAACAAGACAAUGUCUGACAUCAAAGAUGAAAUCGAUUCAAUUGAUCUUGCUGAGGAUUCUAAUAACAUUUCAAAACUCUUCAGUAUUACUCUCAAUGUAGACAGACAUAGAAAUCUUCCAGACAAAAUAACACCAUCUCCACUUAAAUUCAAUCCAGAAAAAAUCCAAGAACUUAGUAAACUGUUUGGCACCUUAUCAUCAAGUUCUUUAACUUCAGAUAAACAUGGCUACAGCAUGAAGACAACACAGAAAUCACCAGAAGCUGGAUCCUCUCCUCCAGUCAAACAGCUGCUUGAUGAACCAGAGACUGUCACCACCAUAGACACUGGGUAUCAAUAUUACCUUUACAAUGUGGCCUGUCUGAGUGAUGAAGAAAUAUGGACAAGUGGAGAUGACAGAACCAUGAAACUCUACAGCAUAAAUCAGGGAUCACUAUUCACAAUCAAGAGAAUUUUUAAUUUACAUGGAUCUCUACUCAAGUCAAUCACAACCAAGUCAGAGAAAAGACCAUCUGACAUAGCAGUGACAAAAAGUGGAGAUCUAACUUAUACUGAUGACAUUGAUAGAACUGUGAACAUUGUGAAGAAUAAGAAGAUAGAAGAGGUGAUCAGACUACAAAACUGGUAUCCUCGCAAUAUCUGUAGUACCUCCUCUGGUGACCUCCUGGUUAUCAUGGACAGUAAUGAUUACAAACAAACAAAAGUUGUCCGUUACUCUGGCUCCACAGAGAAACAAACCAUUCAAUUUGAUGAUAAACAUAACCCUCUCUAUCCGUCUAGUAGUACAUGUAUGUAUAUAACUGAGAACAGGAACCUGGAUAUCUGUGUGUCUGACAGUGGAGCUAAAGCAGUAGUGGUGGUCAAUCAGGCCGGGAAACUGAGAUUCAGGUACACUGGACAUACUCCUGCUCCAAAGAACCAACCAUUCAAUCCACUAGGAAUCACCACAGACAGUCAAAGUCACAUCCUUACAGCUGAUUAUAACAAUGACUGUGUCCACAUCAUAGAUCAGGAUGGACAGUUCCUCAGUUACAUAGACUGUGGACUGAGUCAACCCUGGGGACUGUGUACAGAUACAAAUGACAAUCUGUUUGUUGCUCAAUUAGGAAACAGAAAAAUGAAGAAAAUCAAAUAUCUGCAGUGAGAUACAACACUGUGUAUAUUCAGGAUAUAA